UGAAAUGUCUGUUUCUUGUAGAAUGUCCCAUGAAAUGAAGAGGGAGUUUUUUAUUAUCCGUUGCAUGCCUUGCUGAAAACCUUAUCUUAUGCAAACAGAAGACUCUGACUGUAGAGUGUCUGGGCAUGUUUUCCCGAUUGCCCCCUUUAUUUUUAGCAGCAGUUCAGUUAGACAUGUUAAACCAGACAAGCUGACCUUGACAAGAAGUUCAUCGGACUACAGUUACCCAUACGUAAUUUCUCUAAAGAUGUCCGAAUCAACAACUCUCUCGAUAGUUGGCGGUGAAAGAGGUUUACCAUUUUCAUUUACUGGUGAAGACACUGGUGCCUUUUUAAAGAAGAUCUGGGUUUGGCAGGGAGAAUGGCAAAUCAAGGCUGUCAGGGUCUGGCUUUCAGAUGAUAGAAGUGAAACCUUUGGAGAAUCGUCUGGAUCAUAUAAAGAGUUUGUGUUUAAGCCUGGAGAGUGUUUCACCUCACUGUCCCUCUGGGAGAAUAAAGAAGGAACACGUCUUGGAGCCAUCAAAUUCAAGACCAACAAGGGUAGAAAAUUUUCUGCAAAAAUGACCAAAGUUUCACUGCCAAAAGAAAUCCCUAUCGAUGUCGGCUCUGGGUUUUGUUUAGGCAUUGUUGGAAGAUCUGGCGCAGACAUUGACAACAUGGGGUUCAUGUUUCUCAAUGCAGUUCAGUCAGUAGUUCUCACCAAUGUCAACUAUCCCGCAGUCAAUCAACUAACACCACAGGUGGAGGUAGAAGAUCUCAAAUCUGCCACUUAUAAGAACAGAGGCUAUGUCAAACAGCAGCAUUCAAUUGAAACCUCAAAGAAAGUGAUCAAAAAAUCUGUGUGGUCUAUGAGUGAGACCUAUUCUGCAGCAUUCAGUAUGGAGGUGAAGGCUGGGAUUCCAAAGAUCUUAGAAACUUCUACAGGAUUCAGUGUCAGUGUUGGAAAAGAAGGCACUUAUAGUCUGGAGCAGACGGAGGAUAGAACAGAAAAACUGACCACCACUGUGGAAGUCCCACCACAGAAGAAGGUGGAUGUUAACAUCACCAUUGGCAGAGCUUGUUUUGACCUGGCGUACACUGGCACAGUGAAGAUCACGUGCAGGAAUGGCAGUGUUGUCGAGUAUGAAACCAAAGGUCAAUAUAAAGGCAUCACUUACACUAACAUUGAAGUGAACACUAAAGAUUCUGAUCUGUGAUAAGUGUGGCAAGAAAGAUUGUUUAUAAAUGGUCAUUACCUAAUUUGAUCUAACCAUGAUAAUCGUAGAUACCUUUAACUGUUUUUGAGCUUUUUACCUAUGUUUUUUUUACAACUGGGAUCCACAACAAGACUUUUGUUAGGCAGUGUACAUAUGUUUAUUUUAUCAUUUUAGACUGUAUAAAACAGUUAUGAAUAGGCACUUAACUCUUAAUUAAGAAGUUGUCAAAAAAAAAUGUUGUCUUUUUACGGCAAUCUGUGUUUUAGGUAUAUUACAGAGGGAAGUAUAUUAUAAGGGAAGCCCUAACACAGGUCCUGAAUCAGUUACAGGUUUUCUGUGUCUCCUGUGUGAAAAGAUUGUCAUAUCUCACAUUAAAAUAAAUUUUAUAUAAAAUCA